AACUAGAAGUUAGGUUACAUACUUGUAGAAUCUAGUACAUAAUUUUUUUUUUCUUUUCUUUUUCUUUAUUUUUAAUCUUAAACAUGUGGAAAUUCUGAAAUGCAAAUUUGUAAUUUUUUUGAUUAUAUCAUAAAACCCUCUAUUUUAGGUCUAUGAUUUUAUGCAAAACUUUUAUACUUCCUUUGAGAAAUCGUGAAAUCCGGAAAUAUCCAGUAUAUUCAGAUUUUAUUUUAUUUUUGUAAAUCAUCCUUAAAGCGUUUUAGAGUAAGUGUUUAACAAUGUGAACCAAAGCCUCCAAUUGACAUUGAUUGUUUGCCAACAUGACAGACCGAGAAGGUAGUACAACUACGGACUCUUCAUCCGUCCCUACAAAUCCUCUAUCAAGGAAGCUAAACAAAAUCCUAGAAACUAGGCUCGACAAUGAUAAGGAAAUGUUGGAAUCUCUCAAGGCCUUGUCCACAUUUUUCAAUGACAACAGUCUGCGGACGAGGAGGAACCUCAGAAGUGACAUCGAGCGCAGGAGUCUCUCCAUCAAUGAGGAAUUUUUACAGACUUUCCAAGGAGUCAAAGAGCAAUUAGAUAGUGUGUAUGCCGAUGUGAAAGCCAUGAAUGACUGUUGCCAAGAUAUGACGUCACGUUUGAAGGCAGCAAAAGAACAAACACAUGAUCUGAUAACACAGACUACCAAACUCCAUGCUGAAAGCCAAAAGGUGCAGAUGAAAUUACAAGUGGCAGAUAUUUUCCUGGAGAAAUUUCAACUGAAACCUGAUGAAGUGAAAGCCCUGAGAGGAAGUAGAGAUGGAUCUCUAAGCAAGGAGUUUUUCACCAGUCUGAACAAAGUGAAGCAGAUUCACAAUGACUGUAAAAUUCUGUUAAGGACAAACCACCAGACUGCAGGGCUAGAGAUAAUGGAAGCUAUGGCCCUUCACCAGGAAUCAGCUUAUGAAAGAUUGUACAGGUGGACACAAAAUGAAUGCAGAACCUUAACCGGAGAUUCUCCUGAUAUUUCUGCCAUGUUGUGCCAGAGUAUGGAGGCCUUGCAGGACAGACCAGUCUUGUUCCGUUAUUCGCUGGAUGAAUAUGGAACAGCAAGGCGCACAGCUGUAGUACGGGGACUAAUUGAUGCUCUCACAAGAGGUGGACCAGGUGGUACACCACGACCAAUUGAGUUACAUUCCCAUGAUCCUUUGCGGUAUGUUGGAGACAUGUUAGCAUGGUUACAUCAAGCAGCUGCUUCAGAGAAGGAGUAUGUCCAGUCAUUGAUUAAGAAAUGCACAGUUUCCACAGAACAGAUUCAAGAUAUUCUUGGUCACAUCUCAGAAGGCGUGUGCAGGCCAUUCAAGGUGAGGGUUGAACAAGUUUUGGUUUCAGAACAGGAUGCAGUCACUUUGUACAAGCUGAACAACCUCCUCAAGUUUUACCACAACACAAUUGGACAAAUUCUGUGUAAGGAGGCCUCCUUGCUGACAACCAUAACUGAAAUCCAAGACCUUAGUCACAGGAUGUUCUUCAACAGCCUCAAUUGCCAUGCCAACAAACUCCUAGAUAAGGUGGAAUUACCCCCAGCUGACCUUUCAACCCCAGCAGCUCUUGGUCAAACCAUGCAGCUGUUAAAGGAUGUUCUGGCCUGUCAUGAUGCCUCUGUUGUAGCAGUAGAUGACAAGAAACAGGAUUUUAAACAGAUUUUAUCCUGCAUUGUGGACCCCCUUGUGCAGAUGUGUUCCGUGUCGGCCAGCAGACUGAAUACGGUGGACAUGGCUUGCUACAUGGUGAAUUGUAUCUACAUCAUGCAGACGACACUGUCACUGUAUGAAUUCACGGACACCAGACUAGAAAUGCUGCAAGCCCAAGUGGAUGCUCAGUUAGACACCCUCGUUAAUGAGCAGGCAGCCAUUGUCUUGAAUCGUGUGGGACUGGCAGCAGCUUACAGGACUGUACAAUCUUAUCAACCUAAACAGGGUCCUCUCUCAUCUCUUCAAGACAUGGAUGCAGGGACAUUAAAAGCAGCAAUGAUGCAGUUUGACAGUUUUUUGGCUCAUCCAGAUUCCUUAGUUUUGCCACAAUGUAGUCUUAUAUUAAGUGCUCGCAUAAGGGAAUCAAUUAAGAAAAGAUCUAUGGAAUUAAUCAAUGAAUCCUAUCGAUUGUUAUAUGACAGCAUUAAAAACCCAGCAAAUGAUUACAAGGAACCACAGGGAAUAGUUCCAAGGACGCCUGACCAGGUCAUGAAACUGCUGCAGUAACAAACAGACUGCAUACGUGUAGCUAUUUAUUGGAUAUAUGUGUAUACAAUACCUUAUAAUGCAUUGUUAUUUUCUAUGUUCAAAAUUAAAUAUUUAUUAAAAGUAUGAAUUUA